GUUCCUUUUGGCCCCGGAUGUGACUGUUUGGCUGAGGCGCCUCGUGCCCUACGCUUGUUCGGAUUGGGCGCCCGCGGGUGAGGUCAUCACGAGGCGCCGAGGAGGCAAGCGGGAAGAGCAGAGUCUUCUGGGCCAUUAUGGCAGUCAAGUGGACUGGUGGACAUUCUUCUCCUGUUCUGUGCCUGAAUGCAAGUAAAGAAGGGCUAGUGGCUUCUGGGGCAGAAGGUGGAGAUCUCGUGGCUUGGGGUGAAGAUGGCACUCCCUUAGGACACAUGCAGUUCCAAGGGGCUGAUGAUGUCACCAGUGUCUUAUUCUCCAACACCUGUCCCAGCAAGCUUUAUGCCUCGCAUGGAGAAACCAUUAGCAUAAUGGAUGUCAGGUCCCUCAAAGGUUCCCUGGACCAUUUCCAUGUAAAUGAAGAAGAAAUCAAUUGUCUUUCAUUGAAUGAAACUGAAAACCUGCUGGCUUCCGCUGAUGACUCUGGGGCAAUCAAAAUCCUAGACUUGGAAAAUAAGAAAGCUAUCAGAUCCCUGAAGAGACAUUCCAAUAUCUGUUCCUCUGUAGCUUUUCGGCCACAAAGACCUCAGAGCCUGGUGUCCUGUGGACUGGAUAUGCAGGUGAUGCUGUGGAACCUUCAGAAGGCCCGGCCACUCUGGAUUACAAAUUUGCAGGAGGAUGAAUCAGAAGACAUGGAAGGCCCACCAUCACCUGGUCAGCUCCUUAACCCCGCUCUAGCCCACUCUGUCUCCGUGGCGUCAUGUGGCAAUAUUUUUAGUUGUGGUGCAGAAGAUGGAAAGGUUCGGAUCUUCAGGGUAAUGGGAGUCAAGUGUGAACAGAAACUGGGAUUUAAGGGCCACACCUUGGGGGUAUCCCAGGUCAGCUUUCUGCCAGAAUCCUACAUGCUACUUACUGGAGGGAAUGACGGAAAGAUAAUGUUAUGGGAUGUAAGCAGCGAAGUUGACAAAAAACAGAAGAGUCCUACAAAACAUACCCACAAGAGGAAAACUAAAAGAGCAGCUUAUGCCAAGCAGGGUGGGAGCACUAGUGCUUCAGUAACAGAUGAGGAAGACCAUGGCGACGUUUUACCAAAGCUAACACUUAAACAUGGAGAAAAGGUCAACUGGCUCCUGGGUACAAAAAUAAAGGGAUACCAAAAUAUUUUAGUAGCCGAUCAGACUAGCUGUAUAUCUCUAUAUCCCUUAAAUUAAAUUUAAAUUCAAUAAAAA